AUGGCAGAAGAAAUUGUGAACAGGCAGAUCUUUAGGAAAAGGUUUGCGGAGGUGAAGGAAUUCUUCGAGGAGAAAACGAGCAAGAAGAGGGUGCUCUCGGCAGAAGAAGGUGCACGAGGGAGCCAGCGGAUGAAGGAGUACUGGCGGAAGAGGAAGGAGGAGGAGUUUAGAAAGUGCGGCUGCGACGAGUGCGUGGUGUCGCGCCAGGAGGACUCGCUGCGGCACUCGCGGUCCCGCAUCAACGCGUACCGCGCGCUGGCCAGCCCUUCGCUCAUCGCGCUCUCCUCCAAGGACCCCAUCCUCACCGCCUUCGAGCUCUCCUGGGAGCUGCGCCGCCUCAGCUUCAUGGAGCACGAGUUCAAGUGCGAGUACCAGGCCCUACCAAGGAACAGCACGCUACCAGUCACAGCCCGUUACGUUGCGAGUAGUUCGGGGCUGCUACUAGCUGCCGAGGCACUUGCUACUAGUACAGCUCAGGAGCUGCGCAAGCAGUGCCAGGACUUCGCGACGGCGCUGCUCGACCACACGCGCAGCAGCUACGAGCUGGAGGUGCUGCUCAACCACGACCCCACGGGCCCCGCCUUCGAGCACGGCGAGCGCAUGCACCUCAACCGCCUCAAGCUCGCCAUCAAGCUGCGACAGAAGAAGUUCGUGGCGCACCCGAACGUGCAGCAGCUGCUGGCGUCCAUCUGGUACGAGGGGCUGCCCGGCUUCCGGCGCAAGAACAUGGUGCUGCAGGCGCUCGAGAUCGUGCGCAUCGGCAUCCUGUUCCCGCUCUUCUCGUUCAUGUACGUCGUCGCGCCGCACUCGCGCUUCGGCCAGACGAUGCGCAAGCCCUUCAUCAAGUUCAUCUGCCACUCCGCCUCCUACUUCACCUUCCUCUUCCUGCUGAUCCUGGCGUCGCAGCGCAUCGAGUCUGUGAUCGGCGACUGGUUCGGCAACGACACCGACCGCCGGCCGCAGCCGCGCCAGGUGGACGUGACGGCGAUGCGCGGCGGGCCGCCCUCCGUCGUCGAGUGCAUGAUCCUCGCCUGGGUCUGCGGACUCAUUUGGAGUGAGGUGAAGCAGCUGUGGGACGUGGGCCUGGAGGAGUACGCCAACGACAUGUGGAACGUCAUCGACUUCGUGACCAACUCGCUGUACGUGGCCACGGUGGCGCUGCGCGUCGUCGCCUACUACCAGGUGCAGAAGGAGCUCGCGCUGCGCAGGGAGACGGAGGGUCCGGCGCCGCGGGACCUGCCGCGCGAGGAGUGGGACACGUGGGACCCGAUGCUCAUCGCCGAGGGCCUCUUCUCCGCCGCCAACAUCUUCAGCUCUCUGAAGCUGGUGUACAUAUUCUCCGUGAACCCGUACCUGGGACCUCUGCAGGUCUCCCUGAGCCGCAUGGUGCUGGACAUCAUGAAGUUCUUCUUCCUCUACGUUUUAGUACUCUUCGCCUUCUCUUGCGGGCUGAACCAGUUGCUGUGGUACUACGCGGACAUGGAGAAGCAGCGCUGCCCCAAUGGAACAGCCACAUCCCCUCCCCCAGGCUCCAUGGACCCCAAGGAUCCCGACGCCUGCGUGGUUUGGCGCCGGUUCGCCAACCUGUUCGAGACGACGCAAACGCUUUUCUGGGCCGUGUUUGGCCUAGUUGACCUCGACAACUUCGAGCUGGCCGGCAUCAAGAGCUUCACGCGCUUCUGGGGGAUGCUCAUGUUCGGCACGUACUCCGUCAUCAACAUCGUGGUGCUGCUCAACCUGCUCAUCGCCAUGAUGAACCACUCCUACCAGCUCAUUUCCGAGCGGGCCGACGUGGAGUGGAAGUUCGCGCGGAGUAAGCUGUGGAUCUCGUACUUCGAAGAGGGCGGCACCGUGCCGCCGCCCUUCAACAUCGUGCCCACCCCCAAGAGCGUCUGGUACUUCGUCCAGUGGGUGCAGCGCCGCCUCUGCGGGCACUCCCGCGCCGCCAAGAAGGAGCACAUGCGCACCAUCCGGCGGAAGGUGAAGCAGGCGAGCGAGAGGGACUUCCGGUACCAGAGCAUAAUGCGCAACCUGGUGCGGCGCUACGUGACGGUGGAGCAGCGCAAGGCGGAGAACGAGGGCGUCACCGAGGACGACGUCAACGAGAUCAAGCAGGACAUCUCGGCCUUCCGCUGCGAGCUCAUCGAGAUCCUCAAGAACUCCGGCAUGAACACGUCCACGGCCGCCGGCAUGGGCACCGGCUCGGGCGGCAAGAAGAACCGGCAGAAGGAGCGCCGCCUGAUGAAGGGCUUCAACAUCGCGCCGGCGCCGCAGACGUCGGGCGCGCCGCUCGGCUCGGUGGCGGAGCUGAUGGCCAGCCUGGCGCACCACCAAUCGCACGCGCUACCUGCGCACCUGCACGACCUCUUCGGCUCGACCACGUCGGCCAUCUUCGCCGGCUCGACGCCCAAGAAGUCGCCGCACCACAGCGCCGCCGGGCUGCUGUCGCCCGGCCUGUCCGCCGCCUCCGCGGACGCCCACAACGGGGACCACCACCGUCACAGGGGGGGUUGGGGGAGGGGAAGGAGGUUCCACAUGAAGCGGUCGUCGUCGCACAAGCGGCGCUGGGGCACGCUGAUCGAGGCGGCGCGCUCGGGCCGUGUGAGCCGGCUGAUCGGCCGCAGCCGCUCCGAGGACUCGGUGUGCGGCUGCCACAGCCAGGGCUGCCCGCAGCACGCCCACGGACACGGCGCCGCCAGCCCUGCCUCCACAGAGUCGCCGUCCGACUCCAACCCCAGCCUCAGCGAGGGCCUGCACCACGCGCUCGGGGGCGGGCCCCUCGCCGCGCUCAAGCGCAAGAGGAAGAAGUUCUCCGCGUCGCGCGCCAUCGAUGCUGUCGAGGAUCAGAGUGCAAAUUUCCACCAGGAUGCACAGCAGCAAUGUCAAGAACCACAGGUGUCAUCGAGCUCAACUACAACGGCGACGUCAACAACAGAGACAGACACGACUGUCAUUUCUGGUGAGCAGCAGCAGCAACAGGGAGUGACAAAGCUGCCACGCAAUGGCUCUGUGGUGGUGGCAGCACUGCCGCACCUGCCGGGAAUCCAGCCACUCAGUGGACAUGACGGCUCAGCUGGUUGGCUGUGAGCUGCAUUACGGCUGGUUCGUAAUGGUGGUAGCACUGCACAGACAUACAACGUCUGUGCACUGCUACCCAGCUCUGAACUGGUUGUCCUUCCCCUCUGAGUGGCUAAACAGUCAGCAGUCACACAUCUUUGGUCUGAGGAUGGUGAUAUCUUGAAUUAGAAGUGUCAUGUGCUGCACUCUGUCCUCCUGCUGGCCUAAAGUAACUGUAGCAUGCAGAAAGGGCUGUACAAGAAUUGUGGUACACUUUCCUCUGCUUGAUGCUCAAGAGCAUAAUCUUAAUAUACAGAUCCUAUAAAAAGUGCAGGAACUCCACACUUCCUCAUUUAUGUGGGAACAAAAAUGCUAUGAUGCUCUGUAUUAUCACUCACUCUGCACUGUCACCCAAAAGUGGACAUGCUCAAAGACAUAAUCUGUUAACUAUAAUAGUUUUUUGCCUAAAAAUGUCAAUUUAGGCAUUGAGUGUGGUUUAUCUCCAUUUGAUAAUCUCUUGACACUGUGUGAGACCAAAGCAUAAAGAAUCAGGAGCCCAUUAGCAUCUGUCAUCUCUCUCAGACGGCAGAUAGUCUUUUGCAUUAUUUUCCUAGUAAUGUACACAGUUCUCAGAUAGCAACAGGAACUAAAACAGCAACCUAUAUUGUAGUCUUAUAAAUAGAAACUCAGUGAAGGGUAAGUGUGACAAAGUAUCCAAGGUUUAGUGAUGAACUAUUCAUAAUCAUACUGCAUAAAUUUCAUGUGCCAUCUGUGGAUUAUUUUUAUUGU